AUGGAUUCGUCUCCUUUUCUUAUCACAGAACACGUUGUUGAUGGCCAGCACAUUCGAGAAUAUCCUCGGGCGACCAGGGCGGGAGACGAUGCCUUGAAACUUGCAGUUAAGAGAUAUAUUCCAAAGUCGAAUCCAAAUCCUCGGUCAGGAGACGUCACGAUCAUCGGAGCUCAUGGGAGUGGAUUUCCUAAAGAACUUUACGAGCCGAUUUGGGAAGAAAUUUAUUCCAGACUAGAUACCCAGGGUAUUCGGAUCCGUUCGAUAUGGAUAGCUGAUACUGCAAGCCAAUCCGCGAGUGCGAUACUCAAUGAAGAGAAUCUUGGAAAUGAUCCUUCGUGGUUCGAUCAUGCUCGAGACCUUCUAUACUUGAUCAACCACUUCAGAGCAGAUAUGCCGAGACCGCUUGUGGGAAUCGGACAUAGUCUUGGGGCUGGACAACUAACUCUUUUGUCUUUAAUGCAUUCUCGUCUUUUCACUUCUCUUAUCAUCAUGGAACCCGUGAUUGUGAGCAGUCAUCUUGCUGGAAAGGGGCCAAUAUUUGUCUCACUGUCACUCAAGCGACGAGAUGUAUGGUCGUCCCGCUCUGAGGCAGCAAAAUAUUUCAAAAAGUCCUAUAAGAAGUGGGAUCCGAGAGUUCUUGAGCGCUGGUUAGAUUACGGUCUUCGAGAAUUGCGCUCAGGGGAUGAAUCCUUCAAAGAAGCUGGGGCUGCAGUCACUCUCGCCACAUCCAGACAUCAAGAGGUGAAUAUGUACCUGCGACCAAACUUCCAGAAUAAGAAACCGCUCAACGCGAAUAGAGACCCUGGUACACAGCAAUCCCAUGAUGCGGUUUUCUACGCAGAUAUUAUCGGUCCUCCAGAUGCAACCCACCCCUUUUAUCGGUCUGAAACUGUUAUUCUCUGGUCAUUGCUAAAACAUGUUCGGCCAUCCGUUCUGUAUCUGUACGGAGAAACCAGUCCAGUGUCAACUCCAGAUCUCCGAGCAGAAAAAGUGGAACGGACUGGGAGCGGGAUUGGAGGCAGCGGUGGCUAUAAGAGCAAUAGGGUUAAAGAGGUCACGUUUCCUGGAGCAGGCCACCAUCUUCCAUUUGAGGCUGUAUCCGGCGUAUCUGAUGCGACAUCCACAUGGUUGAAGCAGGAGAUAACAAGAUGGAAGGUGGAAGAAGAGAGAAUUAAUGAGGGAUGGCUGGAUCUUGGACGUGAAGCAAGGACUUCUGUGUCCGAUGAUUGGUUGACAGAGAAACUCAUAUUUGCGAGAAUUGAGGUUGCCGUUAAAGACCUUUCGAAUUGUGUAGUAGCACUUUCCUUGCCAAUACGAUCCCGAGACAUCACUGUUGGGCGGUCCGGUCCCAUUAUUUCAAUGUUGGUAUAUGUGUUUAGGUCGCACAAUUACUGGGGGGAAAUCCACAAUGCGCGGCCACACCUGGUAGGAGAAGACAUUCAAAUAUCAAGUCAUAUCAUGAGUAGCGCGUCCCUCAACAUCAAUGACACUCUUCAUGAUUUUAGCAAUUCCAAAAGCCUAUUUAAGGAUUCUCCCAUUAGAACGAAAGAAUCGCCCAAGAACCUGCACUACCACCUGACGCAAAUGGUAUGGCAGGAUUUUCUCACAGUCUAUUGGAAAGCCCUCGGCAUUCGCUGCUUCGUCUAA